GGAGACUAGAAUUUCCUUGAAUUUCUAUGAAUCUGUUUUGUGAGUUCGAGUUGUUCUUUGCUGGCAAGCUCAAAUGCAUGCUGUUCAAAAGAGACAAGUUUACAAAGUAAUGAAGUUUUUUAGCUGACCAGUUUCCCAGUUUGGAAACUCGAUGGGUCACUUAGCUUUUCUGUACUUUAAUUUCAUCAUCACAGAGCAGCCAUGUAGCGACCAUCUCCUAGUGUCUGAUGAUAUUUUGGCCCUGAGUUUUCCUACAGCUUCUCUUAGGCAAUGGGUUUCAGGGGAGGCUGUACGCAUGCAGAAUUAGUGUGCAUACUGUAUACUGCUUUUAUCGGAUUCUGCAAGGAACCCAUGAACCCAAAAAACAGGUUUAGAAAAAUCCAAGUUGCCUUAGGAUCUCAGGAUGACAGAAGGAAGUAUGCAAAUAAAUUCGCACUGGAGGAGUUGGAAAUCUAAUUAGGGAGCCAAACUUAAUGCAGCCGAUACAAUGGGAGAACCAUAAAAGGCAAACAUAUCCAAGAGCUUCAUUUUGUGGUGCAGUCUGCAGGAGGCCAGAAAAAGAGAGAGAAGAGUGAGUAUGCAGAAGAGAAGGCUUCCUGGAAGAGGUGAGAUUCAACAUCCCUCUGUUCUCCUAUCUCAGGCUCUUGUCCCGGCAUGUUCGUGUUGAGCACAUAAAGACACAAAAGCAGAUGUGAAGUCCCUCAUGGCGAAGUUUAACACGGGGGGCAACCCCACGGAGGAGGUCUCUGUCAACAGCCGCCCCUUCAAAGUCGCAGGGCAAAGCUCACCUUCAGGAGUACAAGCUAAAAAGAACCUAUUCAACAACCAAGGAAGUGCCAGCCCUCCUGCGGGACCUAGCAACGUACCUAGGUUUGGGUCCCCAAAGCCACCUUUGGCAGUGAAACCUUCAUCUGAGGAGAAGCCUGACAAGGAGCCCAAGCCCCCGUUUCUAAAGCCUACGGGAGUGGGCCAAAGAUUUGGACCACCGGCAAACUCAGCCACCAGAGACCCUGAGGUAAAAGUGGGAUUUCCAAAACCUGUAGGCCCCAAGCCCAUCAAUGUGCCCAAGGAAGAUUCCAAACCUGUGUUUCCCCGGCCCCAUGGGAAUAAGCCUUUGCUUCACAAUGUAAACGAAGACCAUGACCUAAAGCCACCAGGCCCCAAGCCGGGCUCUAAUCCCCCAGCCCAGGAAACUGAGCAGAAGCAAGUGUUCCCCAAGUUGGCUGGGGUUAAAGGCAAGUUUGGGUCAGCCUCCCAAGACCACGACCCCAAGCCCCUCUUAACCAAGCCCGUCUUUGGCCAGAAGCCAUCCCUGAGUAGCGAUGACAGCCAUGAAGAUGAGAACGCCACCAAGAACGCGUCUCUACAGAAAGGCCUCCCGACCCCCCUUGGAGCCAAGUCCAAAAUGACCCCUUUAAAACCAACAAGGCAUGACGAAGAAAAUAAAGACCCGGGAGUAGAGACGUCAAGUUCACCUUUCCCUGGCGUGGUUCUGAAACCUGCCGUGAACAGAGGAAGCCCAGGCCUCUCCAAAAAUGCUGAGGAGAAAAAAGAAGAUAGGAAGAUAGAUGCUGCUAAGAACGUCUUCCUGAGCAAAAUGAAUCAGGAGGACCCGGCCUCUGGGGCUCCUCCUGCCAAGUUCCCUAAGACGCCUUCUAAGCUGACAGGGGCAGGGCCAUGGGGUCAAAGUCAGGAGAAGGAAAAGGGAGACAAGAAUUCAGCCACCCCUAGGCAGAAGCCCCUGCCUCCCCUGUUCACCCUGGGCCCACCGCCACCAAAGCCCAGCAGACCCCCAAAUGUUGACCUGACGAGAUUCCGCAAAGCCGCUUCUGGAAACAGUACCAACAAAGGCCAAAUGUGUUACUCAACUACUUCCCUCCCACCACCUCCACCGUCCCAUCCAGCCAGCCAACCACCAUUGCCAGCAUCUCACCCAACACAACCGCCAGUCCCAAGUCUACCUCCCAGAAACAUUAAGCCACCUUUAGAUCUAAAAAGCGCUGUAAAUGAAGAAAAUCAAGAUAGUGUCAUGCACUCUGAUGGUACUGGAAACCUAGAUGAGGAACAAGAGAGUGAAGGAGAAACCUAUGAAGACAUAGAAGCAACCAAAGAAAGAGAGAAAAAAAGGGAAAAGGAGGAAAAGAAGAGAUUAGAACUGGAGAAAAAGGAACAGAAAGAGCGAGAAAAGAAAGAACAAGAAAUAAAGAAGAAAUUUAAACUAACAGGCCCUAUUCAAGUCAUCCAUCAAGCAAAAGCUUGCUGUGAUGUCAAAGGAGGAAAGAAUGAACUGAGCUUCAAGCAAGGAGAGCAAAUUGAAAUAAUCCGCAUCACAGACAACCCUGAAGGAAAAUGGCUGGGCAGAACCGCCAGGGGGUCAUACGGCUACAUUAAAACAACUGCCGUGGAGAUCGACUACGACUCCCUGAGGCUGAAGAAAAGUUCUCUCGGUGCUCUUUCAUCAAGACCGAUUGGAGAUGACCAGGAGGUAUAUGAUGACGUCGCAGAGCAGGAUGAUAUUAGCAGCCACAGUCAGAGUGGAAGUGGAGGGAUGUUCCCACCUCCCCCAGAUGAUGAUAUUUACGAUGGGAUCGAAGAGGAAGAUACUGAUGAUGGCUCCACACUACAGGUUGAAGAGAAGAGUAAUUCGUGGUCCUGGGGGAUUUUGAAGAUGUUAAAGGGAAAAGAUGACAAAAAGAAAAGUAUACGAGAGAAACCUAAAGUCUCUGAGUCAGACAAUAAUGAAGGUUCAUCUUUUCCUGCUCCUCCUAAACAAUUGGACAUGGGAGAUGAAGUUUAUGAUGAUGUGGAUGCGUCCGAUUUCCCUGCUCCACCAGCAGAGCUGAGUCAAGGAGCCAAGGCUAAGACAGAAGAAAAAGACCCCAAGAAGCUAAAAAAGCAGGAAAAAGAAGAGAAAGACUUCAGGAAAAAGUUUAAAUAUGAUGGUGAAAUUAGAGUUUUAUAUUCAACCAAAGUUGCACCCUCCUUAACUUCUAAAAGGUGGGGGACCAGAGAUCUACAGGUGAAGCCCGGUGAAUCUCUCGAAGUUAUACAAAGCACUGAUGAUACAAAAGUUCUCUGCAGGAAUGAAGAAGGGAAAUAUGGUUAUGUUCUUCGGAGUUACUUGGUGGAUAAUGAUGGAGAGAUCUAUGAUGAUAUUGCUGAUGGUUGCAUCUAUGACAAUGACUAGGUCUCAGCUAUGUUCAUUCUGCCGUGUUCAUUUGACGCCAGUAUGAAAUCUGAGCUUUAGCUGACCUAUUAUUGGAUAUCACAGAAAAAGGACUCAGAAACGACUUAUUACCAUUUGUUUUAAAAUUCUGAUUAUCUUUAUGAAAUUUUGAAACUUUGGACUUAGAAAAUGAUCUUAACAUCUUGGAAGACUGCGUCAAUGAGAUGUAGAAUUAUUAAAUAUUCCAUUUCUGCCCCAGCAACAAUUAUGAAGGCGCUUCUCUGAGACCAUCAGUAGACCUCCCCUUCCUAAAAAAAAAAAAAAAAGAAGAAGAAGAAGAAGAAAUGACUGUGUUGUCUAAAGAAACAUGAGGACAAAGAAUAAAGAAAUAUAAGGAAGGAAAUUUUAAGACAUUCCACAAGAAGGAAAACCAUUGUUUGAACCGCUAAUUAUGAUUGUAUCUUAUAUUCUUCAUUCAAAGUAUCUAUCUUUAAAAAGGUAGAACUUGCUGGGGGGAUAAAUGUUUUCAAAAAUUAUAGCUGUAGCAGAAUUUUUGUAUAAAGAUUGCCCCUGAUUGUUAAUUGUGAAUAUAUGUUAAUUAUUUGAUAAGAAUGUAUGCAUUUAGUAUGCACAUUUAAGAUUAAAACUGUAGAAGAGUCAAAAA